AUCCCAUUUGACCCGAUUAGUAAACUACAGUCCAGCUGCCCGUGACAUAUAAUAAAAUGAAAGCCCAGAAGUUUCUGAAAAGCCAUCUCAUUAUAACUUAAAAGUAAAAACAUCUCAAUACAUCUUCGCUCUCGCUCUAAAUCAUUUUGCUUGCGUUACAAUAAUUGAUCUGAGGUAUGUGUGGUGGAGCAAUCAUCUCCGACUUCGUGCCGCCGAGCCGUACAGCCCGGCGAGUCAACGCCGCCGAUCUGCUUUGGAAUCCGCGCGUGAAGAAUGACAAGACUAGAAGCAAUUACUACUCUAAGCCGUUGAUAACUGAUCUCGACGAGGAUUUCGAGGCUGAUUUUCAAGGCUUCAAGGACGAUGAGAUUCUUCUGAAGCCUCUCUCUUUCUCUACUAAAGGCUCUGAUGCUAUAAAGUCUGUGGAAACCAAUGAGGAUGCUGAGGGAUCCUCAAAGAGAAAGAGGAAAAAUCAAUACCGAGGAAUCAGGCAGCGCCCAUGGGGCAAAUGGGCUGCUGAGAUACGUGAUCCACAGAAAGGCGUUAGGGUCUGGCUUGGAACAUACAACACUGCUGAAGAAGCUGCCAGAGCUUAUGAUGCUGAGGCAAGAAGAAUUAGGGGCAAUAAGGCAAAAGUGAAUUUUCCCGAUGAGGGUGCUCCAGCUGCCAUGAAGAGGAUCUCUAAGCCAAAGCCCCAGGAUGUGAUUCGUAAAGAGAGCUCAAACUCUCACUCAGCUAUGUACCAGAACUCCAGUUUAGUCAACCGUCCAGAUGGCGGCUACUAUAGCCCUUUAGGUUUUGUGGAAGAGAAACCCAUGCCUAAGCUUAAUGGUUUUGUCGAUGCUUAUCCAAUUACUGGAACAUUUGGGCUUAACCCAGUGAACUCAUCUGAUAGUGCAGCCAAGCUUUUCAGUUCUGAUCAAGGAAGCAACUCCUUUGAUUACUCAGACUUUGGUUGGGGAGAGCAUUCAUCAAAGACUCCAGAAAUUACUUCUGUCCUCUCUGCGACUCUGGAAGGUGAGGAAGCACAAUUCUUGAAAGAUGCAAAACCUGCCAAGAAACUUAAGCCCAACUCUGCCGACUUGGUGUCUGGUGAAGAAGGUACUGAGAAAUCUCAAGAUUUUACUAGCUUUGAGUCUGAGAUGAAGUUCUUCGAGACACCUUAUAUGGAUGGUAGUAGUUGGGAUGAUUCUGUUGAUGCCUUCCUUGGUGGAGGAGACGCAACUCAAGAUGGCGGAGCUUCAGUGAACCUUUGGGCUUUUGAUGAUCUUUCUUGUAUGCUGGGUGAAGCUUUCUGAGUAACUUCUCGUACCCUGGUAGAAGCCUCUGUAGACGAGCUACAUGUUGGUAUGGCUUGCUACCAAGAAGACGAAUAAUCAUGUCCUAAUUGUGUAGUAGAAAUGGUAUUAUGUGUUUCGAAGACAGUACAUAAGUAACUAUUGUCUAUUUGAGUUGAGACAUGGGAAUCAGGACUUUGUAUUCCCUUUGUUUCCGUGGAUUAUGAGACUAAAAGCUUUUUAUUUUCCUAAA